AUGGCGUCGUUAAGAGGCAAAAAUGGGUACUUUCAGUCAUGUUCAACUUACACCGAUAAGGAGAACUACUUUUUGGUUGAUUCGAGAUAUGAAAUAAUAAGAGUGUUGGGGAAAGGGUCCUAUGGUGUGGUUUGCUCAGCGGUUGACACCAAGAGUCUAAGCACCGGGAUAGAACAUAAGAUUGCCAUUAAGAAAGUGACAAAGAUAUUCAGCAAGGACAUCCUUUUAGUUAGAGCUAUACGGGAAUUGAAGUUUAUGAAGUUUUUCAAAGGCCAUAAGAAUGUAUGUUGCAUCCCCCCCCUUUUUUUUUUCUUUCUUCGUCCAUGAUGAAGCAAUGUUAUUCAAGCCUUUGUUUUUGAGUGACUGAUAAUGAGUACUAACCAAACGAUUCAGAUUGCUACGCUACUCGACUUGGAUGUUGUCUACGUCAAACCCUAUGAUGGACUAUAUUGUUUCCAGGAACUAGCCGACUUGGACCUAGCGAGGGUCUUGUACUCCAAUGUUCAGUUGUCGGAGUUUCACAUUCAGAAUUUCAUGUACCAGAUUCUUUGUGGGUUGAAAUACAUACACCUGGCCGACGUUGUACAUCGGGACUUGAAACCGGGCAACAUUCUAGUGACCACCCAGGGCACUUUAAAAAUCUGUGAUUUUGGGCUAGCCAGAGGCAUCAAUCCCAAGUUUUUCAAGAACCGCGGCGCCACAAUUACCAAUUAUGUAGCGACAAGGUGGUAUAGGGCUCCCGAGUUGAUCCUUUCUACCAAGAAUUAUUCCAAAAGCGUUGACAUUUGGGCAAUUGGCUGUAUAUUGGGUGAAUUGUUUGGCAGAAGACCCAUUUUCCCCGGCAAGAAUCUGCAUGAGCAAAUCCAUGAAUUAUUUAAGAUUUUAGGAAGCCCCCCAAAUGAGACGAUCAAGAAGUACAACUGGAAAGUUGAAGGAGUGUUGUGGGUCAAAUACAAGCCCGUGAAAUGGACCACUUUGUACCCUUUUGCCCCACCUGAAGCCAUUAGUUUAUUAACGCAAUUGCUACAAUGGGAUUAUAAAAAGAGGCUCGAUGUUGAGGAUAUUUUGGAGCAGGAUUUUUUCAAGCAUGUUCGAAAUCGAUCAGAAGAGCCUUGUAGCAAGACAUCGUUUGAUUUCACAUUUGAAGAAAUUGCCAACGACAUCUCGGGAUUGAAAGAAAUUUUGGAAAAGGAAGUUAAACAGUUUAAUGAAGACUGUCAAUUGAUUUGUGAUUAA